AAUCCACCUAUCUUUUUUCAAGUUCAACGCCUCCUUAGUUCGCAAUGGUGGCGAAGAAGGCAGCUAACAGCGGGCAGAAAGAGGCGAGCCGUGCAUCGCUGCCAAAGUUGCAGAAGUCUGCCUCUGCUCCAGUUGCCAGGACUGCAACUUGCCCAAACAGCCAGUCGCUGCCACGGCUGCUGGGUGCACAAAGGGAGCCUCCACGAGAGCCUGCCAAGCCGGAGGCACCAGAGGCAUCGGAGGUAGUAGAGGCCUCCACGAGCCGUGAGUUGCGGCGAGAACUGCUGGAGGUGCUUUCAAAUCCCAAUAUCCGCAGCAUUGCGACCAAGUACUACCAAGCUCAGCUUCCAAAGAAGAGCCGCCUGGGUUUUCGCGACCUGCGGCAGGUGCUCAAGGCGCUGAAUGAACACUUGGGGCUUCCGCUGCCCACGGCAGCGGCUGCAGAACAGCUGUUCAAGCGCUACGACUUCAAUGGUGAUGGCGACUUGAGCUUUGAGGAGUUCUUCGAACUCUUUGUGACUUCCUUGCGACGGGCCGCCUUUGAUCGGUCGGUGCUCUUGGGGCGAGAGAUCUUUGUAACCCAGGAGCCUGGCAAGGUUUGGGAGAUCUACCAUCGUGUCAAGACGUUGGGCGAAGGCUCCUUUGGAACGGCCCACUUGGCCAAGCACAAGAGGACCAAGGAGGAUCGUGUGGUCAAGACUGUAGAGAAAUCCAAGGCCAAGCUGCCGAUCGAAGACAUCGAGAAGGAGAUCAUGGUGCUUCGACAGGUGGAUCACCCUCACAUCAUUCGCCUCCAUGAGUGGUAUGAAGGGUCAUCCAAGAUCUAUUUGGUCAUGGAUGCAAUCAAGGGCGGCACCCUGCGGGAUGCCCUCCUGGGAUUUCAGUCCCGUGGGGAAGCCGUGGAGGAGUCCUGGAGUCGGCAAGUGCUGCAGCAGAUGCUCCAGGCCAUGGCAUAUUGCCACAACAAGCGCAUCAUCCACAAGGAUUUGAAGGAUGAGAACGUCAUGCUGCUCAAGGGGGAGAGUGCGGAGCCUUUCGUCGUGAUCAUCGACCUGGGCGUCUCCGAGAUGUUUUCGCCCACGGAUCCCCAUGGCAAGUUGAUCGGCGGCACGCCUAUGACCAUGGCUCCUGAGGUCUGGGACAACAACUUCGGCUCGAAGUGCGAUGUGUGGUCUGCAGGCUGCAUCCUGUUUGAAAUGCUCACUGGAAGCAUUCCGUUUGCCGUGAGGAGUAUGGUGGCCAAAGACUGGCAGACACUUCACCGGUUUGGGCCCGACUGGACGAAGGUGAAGACCUCCAAUCUGAGUCGAAAGCUCUGCCAAGAGAUGCUCACCUACUCCGACAAGCAGAGGCCGGCGAUGAUUCAAUGCCUACAGCACCAGUGGUUCUCCGUUGAUGCUGGAGAGCUCAAAGCCUUGGAUGCGGAGGAACUGAAGCAACUGCAGGACUUCGCCAAGGAGACCGCCUUCCGCAGAGCCGUGAUCAUGGAGGUGGCUUCGAAACUCCCCAUUGAGCGGGCAGAGCGCAUCGCCAAGGCAUUCGAGCGGUUCGAUGAAGACCACAAUGGUGGCAUCUCCUUGGAGGAGCUGCAAAGACUUUUUGCCAAGAUGGGGCUCAAGGACAAAUCCUUGCAAACACGGGCCUUUCAAGCGCCAUCGCUCUUAGGUUGGAGGCCCGGCCAUUACUCUCUAUUGACUCAUUGGAAGCUUACACAUGCUUACAGCCUUUUGAGGAGCUCCUUGACUCCUUGAUGGAAAAAAUUGUGCACCAUUUGUGCUCAGUUGGUGCAACUCAACUGUCUCACGAUCUUCAAAACACGCCAGCUGAGUUUGUCACCAAACCAAAUCAGAUCGCCAUAACAGUGCAGCCCCAACAAGUUGAGAUAAGCAACCUGAGGGUUUUCAAAGACCCUGCUCACUAAAUGUGAAGACCCGAGACUCAGAAUCGCCAUGUAUAUAAAUUGUUACAUCUAUUCCCUCUACUUUGAAGGUUGCUCUAUUCGUCAGUUUUAAGGCAGAAGUGAUUUGAUCCAACCUGAAUUCUUUCAACUCGAAAAUCCAACAAUUUCCUGUGGCGCCAUCCGCCAUAGUCAUAAACUUGUCAUGGCCUCCACGAAAGUCUUCUUCGGCAAGAAGGAGCUGGACGCCUCCGUCUUUGGGAUCGCCAACCAUUGGGCUUUGCACGUUGGAGACUGCUGGUAUGAGGUUGCAGGUCGGGCCUGUAGGGUUAUCACGUCAACUGCUGACUCACCCAGCGAUGUUGAAAUUUACCACAAGGCAAUCCAAUUGAAAAUCCAUAUGAAUCCACAAAUCAGUUUAGAUGGCUCUUCCCAUUUCAGAGGGGAAGAUGAAGCAGUCAAGUCCGAGAUUGGUGCGGAGACGCAACAGCGCAUUGGCUACACCAACCGCACCAAGCAAGAGAUCCAACAAUUCAACUAUGACUGGCUGAAGAUGCAUCCCACCUACCACAUUCUCCAUCACAACUGCCAAGUCUACGUCAGAGAUUUGGCAGGUUUCCUGGGAGUGGAGAUCCCGGAGGCAUACGAUCAGCAUCGCCACCUCGACAACGCAGUCAGUAGCGGGAAGUUCUUUCUUGGAAUUGGCGGGAACUUCCAAGGAUGAGGAGGUGCGCUUGGUGCAUCUCAAGGUUUACAACCUCGCAUUAGGUGGGUGGCCAUCGCUAUCAGCGUUCGGUUUAAA